CUUCCUGUUUAUCAGUAUCCCGAGGGACUGGAUGUUGUAGGAAAUUAGUUUUGCCGUCAGAUGUGUUACUGGAACCCGGCUAUCUCGCCAGCGUUUUCCCGUGUUUUCGCAUUAAAAUGGGGCCAGAGGCGGAGUUUCCGCCUGUCUGGGGAUUUGUUUUCUCUGUCGUUGAUUGAUUCGGUAGUUGCGUUGAUUCUGGCGGCCGGCCCAAUCAGUGAAGGACAAGGGCAGGGGGCCGAUUUACACCUGAUUUUCGAGCAUAAAAUGAUUACAGAACGCUAACCCCGAUCAGUCGAUUUAUGUUCGAGCUUCGCUGUGGUUCGAGGACGCCAGUUACAUGUGAAUAAAACAGCCACAUUACAUAAAAGCAGUGGCUGUAAUUUACACCCUUCGGCCAAGGGAACGUCACCCAGAGUGUGUAGCGAGUACUUUCCUGUCUUGUCUAGAGGAACGGACGCGGAGGACUCAGCUGAGCAGAUGUCGGAAUCUGCCGAGGAUAGGGUGGAGGGAACAGUGCAAGCGGAGGAGGUGCCCGGCUGCAAAGAAGCCCCACAGCCGGAGGCUGUCUCGCCGUCCGCUCCCCAGCCAACUUACCAAGUGCCCGAUGGUGGCUUCGGCUGGGUCGUGGUGUUUGCGGCCACCUGGUGCAGCGGUUCCAUCUUCGGCAUCCAAAACUCAUUCGGGAUUCUCUUCUUGAUGUUCCUGAAGGAGAUGGAGGACAAGGGGGACCCCAGCCUUCUCUUUAAGACGGCUUGGAUCGGUGCCCUCGCGAUGGGAAUGAUAUUCUUCUGUUCUCCGGUAGUCAGCAUUUUUACUGACUGGCUUGGCUGCAGAAAGACGGCAAUGGGCGGAGCAACAUUAGCUUUUAUUGGACUUCUUUCCAGUUCCUUCACAAAGUCCCUGGAGCUGAGGUAUUUCACCUACGGAAUUCUCUUCGGAUGCGGGUCAUCUUUUGCUUUCCAGCCAUCAUUAGUCAUUCUUGGCCAUUACUUCCAACGCCGAUUAGGCCUGGUGAAUGGCAUAAUGACGGCUGGAAGCAGUUUGUUUUCCAGCGUCAUGCCUCUUUUCCUGAAGAAGAUUGGUGACGCCUUGGGUCUGGCUCACACCCUGCGGAUUCUCAGCGCGUUCUUGUUCAUACAGAUCUUUCUAUCCUUGACGUAUAAGCCUCUGUUACCAAGCAAUCCUGAAGAAGGGAGGACUAACACAGAAUUCCCGAAGUUUUUCCAUCAGUACAGGAGAUACCUAAAUCUGAGAGUCUUCAGGAAAGUAACAUAUAGGGUUUGGGCCUUUGGAGUUGCCACGGCUGUCCUAGGUUACUUUGUGCCAUAUGUUCACUUGAUGAACCAUGUAAAAAAAGAAUUUGGGGAAACUGAGAGAAACUGGAUACUGCUUGUCUGCAUUGGAGCUUCAUCGGGAGUCGGCCGCCUAGCCUUUGGACGGAUUGGUGAUUGCAUCCCUGGACCAAGGAAGAUCUACCUACAAGUGGCAUCAUUUUGGGUGCUGGGUGUUAUGUCCAUCAUGAUACCGCUCUGUAAAGUGUUUGAAGGCCUCAUUGCUGUUUGUAUUUUACUGGGGUUUUGUGACGGAUGUUUCAUCACCAUUAUGGCACCUAUUGCCUUCGAACUGGUUGGACCUCAAGAGGCUUCACAGGCUAUUGGCUUCAUUCUGGGUCUAAUGGCCAUUCCUAUGACUGCAGGACCACCUAUUGCAGGGCUUUUAGAAGAUUCCUUUGGCAACUAUCACUUGGCUUUUUACUUGGCCGGAAUUCCACCUAUUGUCGGCGGAGUUGUUCUGUUCUUUGUCCCGAUAAUUCAUUCUCGAAUGAUGAAAAGGCAAAAGAAAGAAGACCCCACCGCUGACAAGGUGUUGUUAGCUUCAGAAAAUGUAUUAACUGGGGAGAUGCUUCCAGGAAACCCCAACCCAGAAACCUGUAUGUAAUCUCUAAAGUCAAGGCAUGCUACAUUCCACAGUGGGAUCAAUGCCAGCACAGACUGUGAUGUUUCCUUUUGGUAUGUGUGCCUAUUUUGAAAUAAUAGUUCUUCCACCCAUAUAAUACUGAGUUCCCUUUCUAAAAAUUCCACAAAGGCAUUAGGAUGAAAAGAAUUUUUUAAACUUUACGGGAAGUUCUCAGAAUAUGAGGCUUAAGAUGUCUCUGGCUGCUUUUUAAACACAGUGUUGGUUUUAAUCUCCGCCCAGGAGCAAUGACAGCAUUUUAUUGUGGUAUUUUGUUAGGACUAAUCUGAUCAAGUGCACUGUAUAGAACUGAAAUUACAGGAACAUUACAGAAUAGGGGGCAUCUGUUAAGUCGGUGCUGUCUCUGCAAAAGUAAUCCAGCUGGUUUCAAUGGAUUUCUUCUAAAAUUCAGGAUACGUGGCCACCAGCUUCUCAAUGUCCUUCCUUGUUCCUUUUUGUGAUUGGGUUUAAGUCGAGAACAGAUUGAUUGCUGGUCAUGAGUUGCUUUUCCUUCUCGGCCCCCAUGUCGGGGAAAGAGCAACGAAAUGUUAAAAACAGACAGACAAAUCAUUUCCAAUUUGAGGGUGACCUUUCCCUGAUCAAGGCUUACACCAGACAACCAACAUCAGGUGGUCACCCUGCAUGACCUAACUGCUACUGCCCUGAUUUGCCCCCCACGCAAAAUCAUUUGACUUACCUCGGCAUCUGCUGUUCCUUAUCGUGAACCACCGCAGCUUCCUAAAUUUCCGUUACUGUCAUGCAGAAAAAUAAGAGACUAUCCAACAUCUUCCUUAUUCUGUGGCAACGUAUUUUCAGUAGACCACAGCCCCAUCAUACAGUGGUAAUUUGCAAUUAAUGGUGUGUGGGAAGAUUACCCCACACCUCAGUACUGCAUCCACUAAGGCUCAAGUGCCCACUGUGAGCAAAUAAUAACAGAAUGAGCACUUGGUCGAGCAAUCGGUUACCACUUGAGCUCCCGUGUCCCAGUUUCACAGAAUGCAGUGAAGAGUGAAUUAAAUGUCUUCUCUUGGGAGACCAUAUGAGUACAGCAUCGGAGGCCAUUCUGCCCAGUUGAGACCAAGCCAGCACUCCUUUUUAUCCCAUUCCUCCGCAUUUUUUCCUGUCUCAUUUGUUUAUCAACUGGGACGUCGCAAGAGAAAGCCGAUGGGGGUGAGGAAAGGCAGCAAAGCUGGCUGCAGUCACCUGAAAGAUUGUGAGAGGGAAAGGGGUCAUAAAAAGGGAGGUAGGUAUAGCAGAUAUUGGUGCUUAUCACUACUCCACAUCCUUAGACUAACAAACACCUGUCUGAGGAUACUGAGUGAUGACAUGCAGAUGGAGUGAAAGUGCAAAGGAGCCGUGAUCUAACAAAGUGGUGGCCAAUUUGGAGGAUUCGAAUGGACUCCUGUUCCUGGGUUCACUGUGUAUAUAAGCAUUGAUUCAGAAGGAGGCACAUUCAUAUCAACCUACAAGUCAUUUCUGAGAUGUUAAUAAGUUAAACACAGUAAAACAAUCUAAUACCUGUUGGAAAAGGACAGUGGAAUGUUGAGCAAAAUUGUUGUUUGCGCAGUUAGCAUGGGAUGUGCAGGAAUUACAUGACAGAAGCAUAAUCUCCUGACUAUUCAAUUCAAUCAGCAAGAAACAAUCUGAUUCUGUUAGACUUAUUAGUUGCUAUAUCUACAUGCAAACCUUUUUCAAAUUCUGCACUAGGACUCAGAGUUUUACAGACUUGCCCCAUUUAAGUACUUUUGUUUUUCCAAAAUGAACCAUUUCCUCUUUCUUACCUAUCCAUGUGUCAUCAAGCAAAUUUAACAUGUGAAUUUUUGGUGCUUUCUUCCACAUCAUGUAUAUAAAAUGCAAAAAAUUAUACUCCAGCAUUGAUGGCACAUUGGUUACAUCUUUCCAACGAGAAAAGGAUUGAUUUUAGCCUAACUUCUGUUGUUGGCCAGUUUAUCUGCUGUCCAUGCCAUUGCAUCAGCUUUCAUUUUUCAGAAUAACAUUUAUUUUAAAUUUAGUACAUUUGAUGCCUCUGGGCAGCUAGUAGAGCCAACAUCUUUCCUUAUCCUUGACACCUACUUCAUCAAAGAACUCUAAUAAAAUGGUUUUACACAAACCAUGUUGUCUUAGCCUGAUUUACUGUUGUGCCCCCUUCUGAAGAUUUUAGUAGUAGCUUCUAACAUUUUUCCCCACAAUGUAUGUUAAGCUAAAUGGCCUGCAGAUUCCUGCUUUUCAGAUAAAGGAAUUAGUAUUGCUAUUUUCCAAUUUAAUAGAAUGGUUUAAUAGAAUAGAAUCUAAAGGAAAUUUGGAAAAUUAAAAAUGAAUGCAUUAACUCUCUCACUAACCACUUUCUAGGAGCUUGAAAUGAAGUCUGUGAAGAUGCUGAGACUUAAUUUAGUACAGUUGCUCUGUUGACUGGAGUCUUCCUGGGCUGCUGCUUCCUUCUGACCAGUUCCCAGUUGACUGCUAUUUCUGGGAUGUUACUUGAACCUUACUAUAUUGAAACUAAUGUUAAAUUCAUUUGUCAUCUCCUUAUUUUUCAUUAUUAAUUCACCUGACUUGCUCCUAGACAACCAAUUAGAUUUAUUAACUCUUUACAAGAUUGGCUGACUGGCAGGAGGCAAAGGGUGGGAACGAAGGGGGUCUUUUUCUGAUUGGCUGCUGAUGACUAGUGGUGUUCUGCAGAGGUCAGAGUUGUGACUACUGUUUUUCACCUUAUACGUCAAUGGUUAAAAUGACAGCAUUGAUGGCUUUGUGACCAAGAUUGUGGAUGAUGUGAUGGUAUAUGGAGGAAGCAAGGAGUCUACAGAAGGAUUUGGACAGAUUGAGAAUAUUGUCAAAGAAAUGGCAGAUGGAAUACAGUGAGGAGAAGUGUAUGGUAAUGCUAUUUGGUAGAAGGAAUAAAGGAGUAGACUGUUUUCUAAAUGAGGAGAAAAUUCAGAAAUCAGGGGUUCAAAGUUAAAUAAUCAAGGUAAAUUUAUAAAUAAAGUACAUAAGUAUCAUGAUAUACAAACCUGACCUUUGUUUUCUUGCGAGCAUACACAAUCAAUUCAAGAAACACUGCACUUAACAGGACAAAUAGCCAACCUGCAAAGAUCAACAAACCAUGCAAAUACAAAAAGGAAAGAUACUAAAUAAAUAAACAAUAAAUAUCGAGAACAUGAGAUGCAGAACCCUUGAACGUGAGUCCAUAGGUUGUGGGAAGUGUUCAGUGAUGGGGUGACUGAAGUUAUCCCCUUUGGUUCGAGAGCCUGAAGGUCAAGGAGUAAUAACUGUUUCUGAACCUGGUGGAAUAGGUCCUGAUGGCAGCAAUGAGAAGACAGCAUGGCCUGGAUGGUGGUGGUCCUUGAUGAUGGAUGCUGCUUUCCAGCAGCAAUGUUUCGUGUAGACGUGCUCAAUAGGGGGAGAAGAGGAGGGCUUUACCCAUGAUGGACUGGGCCAUAUCCACUACUUUUUGUAGGAUUUUCAGCUCAAGGGCAUUGGUGUUUCCAUACCAGGCCAUGAUGCAACCAGUCAAUAUACUCUCCACCACACAUCAUGGAUGUCAUGCUGAAUCUUCACAAACUUCUCAGAAGUAGAGGCUCUGUUGUAAUUGCGCUUACGUGCUGGUCCAGGACAAAUCCUCUGAGAUAAUGUCACUGAGGGACUAAAGGUUACUGUUCCUCUCCACCCCUGUUCCUUCGAUGAGGACUGGGCCCUGGGCCUCUGGUUUCCUCCUCCUGAACUCAAUAAGCAGCUCCUGGGUCUUGCUGACAUUGAGUGAGAGGUUGUUGUUGGCACCACUCAGCCAGAUUCUCACUCUCCCUCCUAUGUGCUGAUCCAUCACCACCUUUGAUUCAGCCAGUAGUGGUGGUGUCAUCAGCAAAGUUGAGUGUGGCAUUGUAUCCGUACAUAGGCUCAUAGUCUUAAGUAUAAAGAAAGUAGAUCAGGGGCUAUGCACACAGCCUUGUGGUUCAUCUUUGCUGAUGGAGAUGAUGGGAUCUUGCAAACUGACUCGGGUCUGCAAAUGAGGAAAUCGAGGAUCCAGUUACUCAAAGAGGUAUUGAGGCGAAGGUCUUGAAGAUUAUUGAUUAGUUUUGAGGGGAUGAUAGUGAUGAAUGCCAAGCUGUAGCCAAUAAAGAGCAUCUUGAUGUAUGGAAUCUUUGCUGUCCAGAUGUGCCAGGGUUGAAUAAGAGCCAAUGAGAUGGCAUCUGCUGUGGACUUGAUGUGCCGGUAGGCAAAUUGGAGGGGAUCCAAGUUAUUCCUCAGGCAGGAGUUGAUGUGUUUUAUCACAGUGGAUGUAAAUCCUACUGAAUGAUAGUCAUUGAGGCAGGUAACUACAUUUUUUAAAGGUACUGGUAAAAUUGAGGCUUGCUUGAAGCAGGUGGGUAUCUCAGACUGCCGAAGUGAGAGGUUAAAGAUAUCGGUCAACACUCCAAACAGUUGAUCAACAUAGGUCUUUAGUACCAGGCCAGUUACCCCAUCUGGGCUGGAGGCAUUCUGUGGGGUCACCCUCCUGGAGGAUACUCUCACAUUGGCCUCAAGAGACUGAAAUCACAGGAGCAUUAGAGCUUUGGGAGUUCAGUUCUCCACUUCGACAGUCAAAGUGAGCAUAGAAAGGAUUGAGCUCAUCUGGGAGCAAUGCCUUGUUGUCACUGAUGUCGCUCGACUUCACUUUGUAGGAGACGACAGUAUUCAAGCCUGUCACAGCUGUUGAGCAUCCGUCAGUUAUUUAAGUUUGGUCCAGAAUUGCCACUUUACCUGUGAGAUGGCUUUCCAGAAAUCGUACCUGGACCUCUUGUAUCUUACUAAGUCACAAGUCCUGAAUGCCAAUGACCUGGCUCUCAGCAGAUUUUGGAUCACAUGAUUCAUCCAGGGCUUCUGGUUGUGGAAGACUUUGAAUGAUUUUGUGGGACACACUCAUCUACAACAGAAACAGUGGCAUGUAACAGUUUGGGCACCCCAGUCAAAAUUUCUGUUACUGUGAAUAGUUAAGUGAGUAGAUGAACUGAACUCCAAAAGCCAUAUAGUUAAAGAUGAAACAUUCUUUUCAACAUGUUAAGUAUAUUAUUUUUGUUUUGUACAAUUUUAGAGUGGGGGGAAAAAAGGAAAGGAGCACCAUGCAAAAGUUUGGGCACCCGAAGAGAUUUGAGCUCUCAGAUAAUUUUUACCAAGGUCUCAGACCUUAACUAGCUCAUUAGGGCUCUGGCUUGUUCACAGUCAUUGUUAGGAAGGGCCAGGUGAUGCAAAUUUCAAAGCUUUAUAAAUACUCUGACUCGUCAAACCUUGUCUCAACAAUUAGCAGCCAUGGGCUCCUCUAAGCAGCUGCCUAGCACUCUUGAAAAUUAAAAUAAAUGAUGCCCACAAAGCAGGAGAAGGCUAUAAGAAGAUAGCAAAGCAUUUUCAGGUAGCCAUUUCCUCAGUUCGUAAUGUAAUUAAGAAAUGUCAGUUAACAGGAAUGGUGGAGGUUAAGUUGAGGUCUGGAAGACCAAGAAAACUUCCCGAGAGAACUGCUCGUAGGAUUGCUAGAAAGGCAAAUCAAAACCCCCGUUUGACUGCAAAAGACCUUCAGGGAGAUUUAGCAGACUCUGGAGUGGUAGUGCACUGUUCUACUGUGCAGCGACACCUGCACAAAUAGGACCUUCAUGGAAGAGUCAUCAGAAGAAAACCUUUCCUGUGUCCUCACCAGAAAAUUCAGCGUCAGAAGUUUGCAAAGGAACAUCUAAACAAGCCUGAUGUGUUUUGGAAACAAGUCCUGUGGACAGAUGAAGUUAAAAAAGAACUUUUUGGUCACAAUGAGCAGUAAGUAGAACAGUCAGCACUUAAUUGUUAGAUGUUUGGAGGAACAGGAGUGUGACCAAACCACCACGCCUGAGCACCAGAGGAGACCCCACCCUUUGCCUUCUCAACUCGGCAGUCAGUCCAUCCAGUGUAUCAAGAAGCCUUUGGGUCUUACCAACUUAUCUGGCAUGUUUCCUGGCUCUGGGCUUGUACUCACUGGAGUUUAGAAGAAUAAGGGGGAAUCUCAUUGAAACCUGUCAAAUAUUGAAAUGUCUGGAUAUAACAGAUAUGGAGAGGAUGUUUCCUUUUGUGGGAGAAUAGAACUAGAGGCAUAACCUCAAAAUAGAGGAUAUGUCCCAUCAGAAUAGAGAUAAAGUGGAGGCAAUCUUUAGCCAGAAGAUGGUGAAUGUGUGGAAUUUAUUGCUACAGAUGGCUGUGGAGGCCAAGUCAUUGAGUGUAUUUAAAGCAGGGGUUGAUAGGCUCUUGAUUAUUCAGGGCAUCAAAGUUUUUGGGGAGAAUGCAGGAGACUGGAUAAUAAAUCAGCCAUGAUGGAAUAGCAGAGCAGACUUGAUGGUCUAUGACCUUUUAAUUAUCAAUAUGAACAUUACUUUUAUAUACUUCUGGCUUUUUUUCUUAUUAAUCUUUUAGUCACUCUUUACUUUUUUUAUAUUCUGUCCAGUUUCUUUAAAUUGCCAUCCAUCAUUGUGCAAUUAUAUUCUUUUCAAGUGUGAUACUAUUUUCAACUUUGUUAAUCGUGAAAAUUUCCCUCAAAAGUUUACAUUCUUAUUGGACUGUACAGUACCUGUACUGUGUAGUCUGACUGAUUCCUGUAUCUAACUUGCUGGUUCACUCAGCUCAACUUUCAGGUCCUUAUAAUGUCCCUUACUAAAGUUUAAAAUCUCUCUCCCUCCCCCUCUCUCUCUGCUUGCCUCUCCAUCUCUCUCUCCCCCUCACCUUCUCUCUCCCAGACACACACAAAAUACAACAUUCAAAUAUAUUCUGGCUGUUUUCACACUGAAGUUACUAAGCGAUGUGAUGCACUAGACAGUUUCUCGUCUACACUCCCCUCAAACUAGCCCUGGAAUACACUUUUCUAAAGAACUAUCUCAGAAUGCUGAAUUUCUGGCCAGACUACUUUUGCCUGAUUUUUUUUCCCUAUGUAGAUUAAAAUGUCUCAUGAUAAUUACAGUAUUUUUUGUGACAAGUUUCCACUUUUCCCCUUUACAUUUCCAUUGUUUAUAUGUGGGAGGGAGGGAAGGAUUCGAUUGAUCUUAUAAAGAAGUUAAGAGGUUGGCUCAACAUUGUGGGCCGAAGUACAAAGAUGCAACUGAAAUAAUGAAGUUUCAUUGUGACAUAAUGGAUGUUUAAGCUGACUUGCAUUUAGUUAUUUAAUAUUGCAUUUGCACAAAAUGUUAACAUAAUAUUAACCCAGUUACUGGCAACAGUUAAAUCCUGGCUUCCUCUCAAAUCCAAGGUUAUUUACAACUUGCUGGUCUUGGCUAAUCUCUUUGAUCUCACUAACACCCUAACUUGAUUCCUACUUGGAACAUGGAAUAUGUUUUUCUCAAUUUUGUGGAGUAAGGUUAGAGACAGUUCACUUUAGGGAGGCUUUGAAAAGCAAAAAUAAAGUGAUCAGUUUACUCCUUCUUGAAUACGUACAGAUUUGAGAUGGUAAAAGCUUUUUACAAGCUCUGAGUCUAGAGCACCUGAAGUGCCAAGUACAAUUGUGAGUGAAAUAUUUAAAGCUACGUAACUUUUUGGCAUGAAUUGGAGCUUCCAUGUGAGCAUCCUCUAUGGAAAUGAUAGCUUUAGAUGUCAGGUUUUGGUGUCAGCAAGCAUCCAGUACAAAUCAAAGUCUGGUGGGACUGGGUGCCUAAUGCCAGAGGAUGUUAUUCGUAAUCAUUUACAGUAUAUAUUGCAUUACUGUUCCUCACUGUGCUUUUCGGAGGCUCGCAUUAUCAUACGUUUUGAUUUCUGAGUACCUCAAUUCUAACCAGUCAUUAAGCUACACUUAAGUGUUACAGAAUGCCGAGAAGGGUUCUUAGUUCUGUCACCAACUCAAAAGGCACAUAUUUUAAGCUUAAUUUUUUAAUUCAAUUUAAUGCUGUAACAAGCCACAUUUCUAUUGUAGAGAGGGAAAGGAAUAAAAGAAUCAUUAUUCCUUUUCAGAUGAGGAGCAGCCAGCUGACAUAAUUCCAGUCUAAACAAGUGUAGUCAGUUGCUGGGAAACUGCUUUAAGUGAUGCUCACUUAGUUUGAACAGAAAGUCAAAUUUAUUAUCAAAGGACUUGUGUGACACCAUUACUACCUAGAGAUUCAUUUGCUUGCAGGCACUUAUGGAAAAAUAAAGAAAUACAAUAGAAUUUCUGAAAACUAUACAUGACAAACAACCAAUAUGUAAAAGACAAAUUGUGCAAAUUUUGAAAAAUAAUACUGAGAACAUGAGUUGUAGAGUUCUGAACACAGAUUUAUAUUUACAAGAUUCACUCUGGAAUCUUAGUGUAAAGUUCCAUUUUAGUGUGGUACAUUCUCUUAUUUUUUAACCAGCUUGCCUUAAAUGGCAAAGUGUUUUACACUUUGCAAACCAUGCUGCCCUGGAUUUUGUAGUUAAGGGUCAUAGCAGCUGAAUUUGAGCUGACCCCGGAGAAAGCUCUGGACAAAGUUCUAAAAGUCUGUGAUGUACAUUUCCCAUCUUAGACAUUGCUGGGCAUCACACUGGUAGUGGGAUCUCUGAUGGCCAGCAAUUGUGAAGUCAUCAAACUCACACAACAGCCAAUCACAUUGAAGAAUUCUCACCAGAGAGAUGGCAGAGCAGAAUUUGCGUCUUUGUACAUCUUAAAACUCACAUCAUGCAACAAAGCCACAAUAUCUUCAAGAAAAUAUACAAUACAAAAAGACUGUAAGUUAAACUUAAGUUUAAAACAGAUCAGAUUUUUGCAGUUUGGACUGGAGGAAGACAAUCUGUGGAAGAGCAAGGGUUCGGUGAAAUUAACUGAUGGGUUUCUCUGUUCAACUCUGCUUUUGUGUACGUCUGACAUUAUUACCAUGACAUCCACAAAAUUAUUUUAAAACUAUCACUGUGCAGGCUAACUGUUACACUGAAGUACUUAGGACAGUUAAUUAAAAUGUAUACCAGCAUUUCAACACAAGUCUUUUAUUAAAAAACUUGAUUUAACUGUCAAAAUACUACCUGUUCUGGGUAUCAGCAGUGACAGACAUUUUUAACGUCAGUAGUUACACAUUAAAAGAAGUAACACAUACGUUGGGCCCUAAUUGUACCCGGAUUCUAAAGCAGCACAGCAGUCCGAGGAUAAACUGAGGAAUGUAAAAAGCAGAAUGGUCAAACAUUUAAUGCUGAGAAGUGUGAGGUUCUAUACUUUGGCAGGAAUAAUCCAAAAUAGAACAUACAGAGUAAAUGGUAGGGCAUUGAGGAAUGCAGAGGAACAGAGAGAUCUAGGAAUAACUGUGCAUAGUUCCCUGAAAGUGGAGUCUCAUGUAGAUAGGGUGGUGAAGAAGGCUUUUGGAAUGCUGGCCUUUAUAAAUCAGAGCAUUGAGUACAGAAGUUGGGAUGUAAUGUUAAAAUUGUACAAGGCAUUGGUAAGGCCAAAUUUGGAAUAUUGUGUACAGUUCUGGUCACCGAAUUAUAGGAAAGAUAUCAAUAAAUUAGAGAGAGUGCAGAGACGAUUUACUAGGAUGUUACCUGGGUUUCAGCACUUAAGUUACAGAGAAAGGUUGAGCAAGUUAGGUCUCUAUUCAUUGGAGCAUGGAAGGUUGAGGGGGGAUUUGAUCGAGGUAUUUAAAAUUGAGAGGGAUAGAUAGAGUUGACAUGAAUAGGCUGUUUCCAUUGGGAGUAGGGGAGAUUCAAAUGAGAGGAUAUGAUUUGAGAGUUAGGGGGCAGAAGUUUAAGGGAAACAUGAGGGGGUAUUUCUUUACUCAGAGAGUGAUAGCUGUGUGGAAUGAGCUUCCUGUAGAAGUAGUAGAGGCCAGUUCAGUUGUGUCAUUUAAGGUAAAAUUGGAUAGGUAUAUGGACAGGAAAGGAGUGGAGGGUUAUGGGCUGAGUGCGGGUAGGUGGGACUAGGUGAGAUUAAGAGUUCGGCAUGGACUAGGAGGACCGAGAUGGCCUGUUUCCGUGCUGUGAUUGUUAUAUGGUUAUAUGGUUAUUGAUCUUCUAACAUCCACCAUUCACUUGACAAAGUGAACAUGUCAAGUCUAAUACAUAUCAAAGCAGUUUACUGUUGUAAAUGUCACUUUCAUCAUUCAUGUUGAAAAUUCACUAGUAUUUGUACUAAGCACACGUCACGUUGCCAAGCGAUGUGUUGAAUUAAUGUGAGAACGUUUGUUAAAAAAAAUAAAGUAUGAA